AUGAGUAGUCUAUACAAACAAUUUCAUAGUUCAUUGUAGUUUAUGAUACCUAUGUAUGCUGUUACCCUCGUUUCAUGCCACAAGUGUUCAUAAUAUGCUUCAGUAGCUUCAAAUCUUUGUUUAACGUUACUAUAUAAAAUACCAAGCUUGCAGAUGUCCAUUCAGUUGAGUUUUAUUUCCUGAAUGAAGUAUACUGCCCAUUUAUGAGGCGGCUUAGAUAAGUUGUAAUAUGAACUAUAAUAUUUGUUUAGUGCAUGGUUGAUAAAGUUUAUCUGUUGCAAUCGAAUCAAAUUAUUUGGAGGACAUAACUGACUUGGAUAACAACAUGCUGGAUAAAGGGAUUUAUGGUUGCCGUCGUAGGAUUAUCUUGAUACUUUUGUUUAGUCAAAUGGUUCUAACAGUCUGUGAGAAUGACACCAUCACUCAGUAUGGAGAGAACCAUCUCCAAACGAACCACACUCUUAUUAAUCUGAAUGUAAACUAUCCACAAAUAAUGGCUCAGAUGUACAAUGAUUUUAUUGUUGACGUCAAUUAUACCAUUAAGUGCACAGAUGAAGACACUGUUUAUAGUUUGCUGGUAGUGACAGAAGAUAUUUCUGUUGCUUUUAUCCGCGAUAAAAAUAUUAUCAGUAUACCAUGUUCUCCAAAUAAUACCAACAAUGUGUUCAUUUCUGACGUGGAUCCAGAAACAGGUGAAUUUGAAGUUAUGGGUAACUUCAGCUUUGCGCUUGGUACCGAUUUAUUGGGAAGAACCUGGCUAGAUUUCAUAUUAGUGGAAAAUAUCUCAGAAGUUGUUCUGGCUAAUAACACUCACCCACAAGAAACGGUACCUGGGAGUAGCAGACUUCUAAGACUUCUGGUAAUAGUUAUCAGACCCAUGAGGAAUUUAGAUAUUGGAUUCAGAGUAAUUGUCUAUAUUGUUGUUAUAUCCAGUACCAUUGGUAUGGGGUGUAAAACAGAGUUAGAUGUUGUCAUAUCUGUUUUGAAGAAACCAAUCGCUCCAGCUAUUGGAUUUUUCUGUCAGUAUGUCUGCAUGCCGUUGAUCGCCUUUGGAAUUGCUAAACUCAUCAAGUUUGAUAAUCCAGCCGUUGGUCUAGGUAUCUUUGCCUGUGGUAUAUGUCCUGGUGGAGGCAUCAGUAAUCUGUAUUGCUACAUUUUAAAUGGGGAUGUAUCACUCUCUGUUACCAUGACGACCCUUAGUACCGUUGCUGCAUUAGGUCUCAUACCUUUCUGGAUGUUUACCCUGGGUUCACAGUUUGAUGAUGACAAAACUCAAAUAAACAUACCCUAUCUUAAUAUAAUGACCACCCUAUUACUAGUUAUAGUACCAUUAUUUGUAGGCAUGGUAAUAAAAGUCAAAUGUCUUAAAGUAUCGAAAGUUAUCCUCAAAAUUAUCAAACCCGUGACCUUUCUUGCGAUAAUCAUUCUUCUCUCGUUUGGGAUUUAUGUAAAUAUGUUUAUAUUUCGACUGUUUAGCCCAAUUCACAUUCUCGCCGGAUGCAUGUUGCCUUAUUUCGGAUACAUAAUAGGAGGAAUAAUAGCUUUGGUUUGUCGCCAGCCGUGGGAUCGCGUCAAGACAAUCGCUAUUGAAACAGGAAUUCAAAAUGUUGGCGUUGCCUUUUUGAUGUUGAUGACGUCGUUACCGCCACCAGAUGGCGAUUUAGCAGCUGUUGGUCCUGCUGCAUCCGGAAUCAUGACUCCAUUGCCGCUGUUCCUCAUAUCCAUCAUUUAUGUCAUCUACAAUAAAUGCCGUGGUGUAACUUAUAAGCCUGUACCAACCAAAGAAAAAAAUAUACCAAAGCAAAACACUGAAAUAAAUGGAAAUAACCUGAAAAAUGAUAAAGAGAUUAUACUUCGAGAAAACGUAUCGACUGUUUAAAGAUACAUUAGUUAAUAAAGACUUGGCCAUUCUUACUAUAAUAAUUCAAAAAUAGCUGAUAAAAAACGAAAAUAUUGAAAAUUUCAGUCAAAUUACUUUAUUCUGAACGGAGUUGUCACUGUUGGAAGUUUGGACUAGAAAUAGGCAUCAACUGUGUCUGCACCGUUUAAGAGAAUUGCCGAUCGUUUGAUUGGCAGACGAUAUCUCCCCCACAUAUUCUCGAUUAUCAAGUAACAUUCUCAAUGGCUAUGGUACCCUCGCUUGGCAGGCCUUUCAUCACCAAUCUCCGGUAGUGACGUCAGUGACGAACAGUAAACGUUAGCAUGGUCCGCCAUUUUAUUGAUUUAAUUUUAAAUGGACGACUGUUUAAAUCCAAGAUGUAUCCAAGCCCUCCGAGCGUCUGCAGAGUUGAUUUUGAGCUUGUCAUGGAAAUAAAGGUCAAAUUAAUAAUUUCUAUAACGUCUGAAACCUAAAUAGACAGAUUUAGCUCUUGCAUAAUGUAUGUUUAAGUAUUUUAGUCAAUUAUUCCCUUCAGCAUAAUAUAUUUUACUAAUCGUUGUGUAUGUAUGAUUUUUCGCGUGCGCAUUCUCAAUUUUUUGAGGGGAUUCCGCGUGAAAAUUAGAGCUCUCAGGGGGGCCCGCUUAUAUAUCAUCAUUUGAGGCAUUUCAAAUCCCUUGCGAUCUACAAUAUUUUUAAGUUGAAUUUGUAAAAGGAAAAUCAGUUCAAAAACGGCGGAUAUAGUUCUAUGCAGACGAAGUAAACGAGAAACGGAUAUAGUUCUAUGCAGACAAGUAAACGAGAUGUAGUCAAAACAAGUCAGCGCCUCCUAUAAUCUUUUUAAUCCGACUGAAUAUGCAAGCCGGCGAGUUAUCUAUAUUUUGAUUUCUUAAUUGAAUGUUAAAAUCAAUUUGAGUAAUUUUAGCGUGGUUUAAGCUGUGUAAAAUCAUAUUGUCUGAAAAAUGCAUUUAACGAUCAGCGGCUUGAAUUAUAUAAAGUUCUUAAUUAAAUACCUUUAAUCUAUAUAUAUAUUUGAGACUGUCGUUUGUCUGUCUGUCUGUCUGUUCGGGGUUGGCGGCUACACUAGGUCUGCCCCGAGUCUGAAAUUUGGGGUAAAGGGGUAGCUCGGAUCGGGGAGUAACAUAGGCCAGGUGGCGUUAGUCUACCACUUCCGGUUUCGGAGUUAUGACCCCCGAGCGACCCCGGUCUGUUUGGGGUUGGCGGCUACACUAGGUCUGCCCAGAGUCUGAAAUUUGGGGUAUAGGGGUAACUCGGACCGGGAAGUAACAUAGGCCAGGUGGCGUUAGUCUACCACUUCCGGUUUCGGAGUUAUGACCCCCGAGCGAAAUCUGUCUGUUCGGGGUUGGCGGCUACAUCUGCCCCGAGUCUGAAAUUUGGGGUAUAGAGGUAGCUCGGACCGGGGAGUUACAUAGGCCAAGUGGCGUUAGUCUACCACUUCCGUUUUCGGAGUUAUGACCCCCGAGCGAAGCGCCGGUCUGUUCGGGGUUGGCGGCUACACUAGGUCUGCCCCGAGUCUGAAAUUUGGGGUAUAGGGGUAGCUCGGACCGAGGAGUAACAUAGGCCAGGUGGCGUUAGUCUACCACUUCCGGUUUCGGAGUUAUGACCCCCGAGCGAAGUCUGUCUGUUCGGGGUUGGCGGCUACACUAGGUCUGCCCCGAGUCUGAAAUUUGGGGUAUAGGGGUAGCUCGGACUGGGGAGUAACAUAGGCCAGGUGGCGUUAGUCUACCACUUCCGGUUUCGGAGUUAUGACCCCCGAGCGAAGCCGGUCUGUUCGGGUUGGCGGCUACACUAGGUCUGCCCCGAGUCUGAAAUUUUGGGUAUAGGGGUUGCUAGGACCGGGGAGUAGCAUAGGCCAGGUGGCGUUGGUCUACCACUUCCGGUUUUGGGGUUAUGACCCCCGAGCGAAGCCGGGUAUCCUGCUAGUAGAACAUAAAACCAACAAGGCCACUUCCUGAAAGUUGCCACAAAAGACUGUUUUUGUUCCGAACAUUGGCGAGGCAUUUAAAAGUUUUAUAAUUGAUCGCUAAAUUUGUGAAGUGAUGAUAAGAUUGUCCGUUAUAGCAUAUCAUACAGUUGUUGUCGCCAAAGUGUUACAUUCAAUUAACAGAACAUUGUUCUGUGACACUACGACAUGAUGGUGUAAAAUACAGAUUUUAUGUAAUAUCUUUCAUAUGAUUUUAUACACCAUAAUUUAUUACGGGUUAUAACAUUCUAGUGCUUCUAUCGUACCAUGUUUUUGAUGUUGCGAUGAAAUAGUAUUAUAUAUUAUGUCAACCAAGUACAAAAUAUAUUUAAGCUAUUUGAUUUCUAUACAAUUAGUUAAAACUUUGAGCAGCCUAAUAUUAAGUUAAGACACUGGGCUCCGAUUUCCAUAAUAUCAGGAGGGUUUUAAAAAAGAAUGGAAAUUUAAUAUUCUACGAAAUUAUGGUGUGGUGGGGUCGGGGUCUCUUUUGGUGUAUAAACCAUAAUAUUAUUUACUUGUGGAAAGUCUCUAUUUUUCUAUUUUUUCAGUACUUUUGGAAGUAUAUUCUCAUGUUCAAAAGCUCACAGUUAAUACCCUAGCAGCCUUUUUUCUUGUUUAGCCAGUGGCAGAUCCAGGAGGCGGGUGGGCUGUGGGUUUUGGGCGGAUGCCUCUGUAGCAAUACCAUUCCAAAACACCAAUGAAUAACUACUUUAUCUACUAAUCGAAAACCAGGCUUAUACAUAAUAUGUACUUAGAUGUAUUUCACAAAGUUGUUUUAUUCUUAUAUUGUAUGGUACUAAUUGUAAUGUUUAUAGCCUAAUCCGAUGUACAUAAAUAUUAUAAUUGUAAUGAUUCACAUGUAAUCAUAAUUUAGUUAAUUAUUUUAAAAUGUGUUCUAAAACAAAAAGGGAACUCAAUCAUACCCAACGAAACCUGUAAACCAUCGCUUAGUACAGUUUAUUGCCGAAACCGGUAGAUUACAACUUCGGGGCAAUGGCCACUUUAAAUACAAAAGUAAGUAUAGUGACAUCAGUUGUUCUAGAAAUUGAAGGCACACCUUGUCGUGUGUAAUUACUGUUAAGAUAAUACAGAUGGAUGAUUUAUCUCCAAUAUGUGCAGAUUCAUCUUUAAUAUUGUUUCCUGUUUUCUGGUUUCCUUUAGCCAAAUUGUUUUGUAUGACCUUUCUACUGAUUAAAUUUAUCACUGUUUUAUAGUCAUGUAUAUCAGAAACAAUGAUCAAAAUCACCCAUGCAACAAUUCAGCAUGACAUAAUAACCAUAAAAAUGCCUCGUAACGACCAUCUUGGAUAUUUUGAUUUUCCAAGGUUCCCACGGUGGCAUCAUUCGGGUUCUUAAUCUAUUGGAACUAUAUAAUCCAUCUAAAAACUUUAGGUAGACUUCAUUUCCACACCAAGGCUUAAACAGGGGUUUGGCUAACGUACUGUAUCCUUUUAUGCCGAGGUCCGUCAUGGAGAUUGUCUUUGGCUGCUGUUCCAUGAGAAUUUUAGAAAACCAGUUUGAAUGAUGAAAGUCAUAACCCGUAUCUGUAAAGAUCAAUAAUAUUACUUUGCAAUAUAACAUGUAAAAAAUAAAAUUAACCCAUCAA